AAGCCAUUUCAAAAUUCCAACUCCAAAAAAGAGAAAAACUAUGGCCAACCUCAGUCUUCACUUCUUACUAAUUUUCUUGUCCUUCCAUUCUAUUCUCGCAACCAUUACUGAAUCUGUCACGACCCAAAAUCAAGAUAACGCAAAGUUCAUGAAACUCUCAGAUACUGUCACGACCCAAAAUCCUGAUGCCACAAACUUCAUCAAAAUCUCAUGUAAAAAGUGUUUAUACCCUACCAUAUGCAUUCAAUCUCUCUCUACCUACGCAAACACCAUUCAACUAAACAAACAACAACUUGCUCAUGCAGCAUUAUCAGUGAGUUUAUCAAAAGCCAAAAUUGCUUCAACAUACAUUUCAAUGGUCACAAGAAUAAGGGGCCUAAAGCCAAGAGAAUUACAAGCUGCUAAAGAUUGUUCAAACACCAUGAAUGACAGUGUUUAUCAGCUUAGUCGAUCGAUCCCCGAGCUAGGGCAAAGUGGUAAAUUAACAUCAAGAAGAGAUGAAUUUACUUGGCAUGUUAGUAAUGUUCAAACUUGGAUUAGUGCUGCACUUACUGAUGAAAAUACCUGCCUUGAUAUGUUUAAUAAUCCUUCUAUGGAUGGGAAAAUUAAGGAUUCUGUUAGGGCUAGGGUUUUUGCGGCUGCUCAAGUUACUAGUAAUGCACUUGCUUUGGUUUAUCAAUUUGCAGAGAAUCAUUCAUAAGUUUGUGCAACCACAAAUAUCCCAUAGUAUAAUAAUGUUAUAGAAGUCAUAGUUCGUAGUUUGCUAGCCAGUUUUGUGAUGUAAAUGUUAUUACUACUACUACUACUAUAUUUUCAUUUCAUGUUAUAACAAAAUUAAAGUUUGAGAUGAAAAAUGUCAUGAGCACCUGAAUCCAUGAGCACCG